ACUCAUUGCCCGCAGCUUCCAACAUCGCCCCGAGACCCGAAACGCAAAUUCGACAUCAUUUGAAAGCCGGCUCCGAUUUCUACUGGUUUGCCGCUUCCGUAUCGCCAGUUAGUCCAUAUCGUGAAUCUAUCAAUCCAGUCACGUCCAGUCAGAAUACAGCAACAAUGUUCCGUUUUCACAAACCCCUUGACAUCGUCACCCUCUUCCACAAGGCACAAUCACCAGCUUCAACUCAGGUAGCAAAGCUUUUAAAGGAGGCAUCCGCCAGUGGAACAGCAGCAGCCAAUGCCUCAGACUCAGCUCCAAGCGACCAGACACAGUCCAAGCGUUUGAGCCGAGUGUUUGAGCUAGACAUCACGGAAACUCCUCCUACAGCCGACCAGCUCGAGACUAUCCUAGACUAUGUAAGCAAGGAUCAAAUAUCCAAGGUCAUCCAGGGUGCUACGACGAAAAAGGAUGCUUUAGAGAGAUUCAGACGGAAUGCUUCCACCUUCUCGUCACCAUUAGUUGUUGACUGGCAUCAUGGAAGAGCCGUUAUCGCUAGCUCAAAUUCCAAGAUUCUCGAGAUGUUGGAGCAAGCACAAGCAGAUAAGGAAUAAUGCCAAAUCAUGUACACAUAGGGACCAGAUUGAUUUCUCAUCAACAUUAGUCAGGCGAAACAUCCAUGGAUGGACUCAUAGUUAAAUAGAUCCCACUCUGUAAUAAAGAAAUAAUAUCCACU